CUCCUUUCCAAUUUUUACAGGUACUAACUUAGUUGUUUUGCAAGGCAGCGACCAUGCAGCUGACCCAGGGACGCGCUUUCACCGCUCCGCGGUCGGCAGCACGGCCUGCAGCUCGUAGCGUGGUGGUCCGUGCAAGCGGCGCCCACAUUCCUCGGGUCAAUGCAGCUGCCGUGGCAACUACUCCGGAUUGGGAGGCGUUGGCGAAGGAUAUGGAGCUGAAGUCGCCUCUGGAAAUUAUGGACCAUGCCCUGAAGACGUUUGGCUCGGACGUUGCCAUCGCUUUCAGCGGUGCUGAGGACGUGGCCCUUAUCGAGUACGCCCACCUGACGGGACGCCCCUACCGUGUCUUCAGCCUGGACACCGGUCGCCUGAACCCCGAGACGUACCGCCUGUUCGACCAGGUGGAGAAGCACUACAAGAUUCGCAUCGAGUACACCUUCCCGGAGGCCCAGGAGGUGAUGGACCUUGUGCGCAACAAGGGCCUGUUCUCCUUCUACGAGGACGGCCACGGCGAGUGCUGCCGCAUCCGCAAGGUCAAGCCCCUGCGCAAGCAGCUGAAGACCCUGCGCAGCUGGAUCACCGGCCAGCGCAAGGACCAGUCGCCGGGCACCCGCACGGAGGUGCCGGUGGUGCAGGUGGACCCCGUGUUCGAGGGGGUGGACGGCGGCGCGGGCUCGCUCAUUAAGUACAACCCGCUCUCCAACAUGACCUCGGCGGAGGUCUGGAACUUCCUGCGCGUCAUGAACGUACCUGUCAACUCAUUGCACAACUGCGGCUACAUCUCCAUCGGCUGCGAGCCCUGCACGCGGCCAGUCCUGCCCAACCAGGCGGAGCGCGAGGGCCGCUGGUGGUGGGAGGACGCCGCCGCCAAGGAGUGCGGCCUGCACAGCGGCAACAUCAAGAAGGCGGACGGCACCACGGAGGAGCGCAAGGCGGAGCGCGACCUGUGGCCCGCGGAGGGUAGCGCUGUGGCCACUCUGAGCAAGGAGGAGGUGCGCGCCCUGGCGGACGGCGCCCGCGGUGCGAAGGGCACUCUGGCGGUGCUGUACGCGCCCUGGUGCCCCUUCUGCCAGCGCAUGGAGGCGGCCUACGAGGAGCUGGCGGCCCAGCUGGCGGGCGGCAACGUGCGCGUGGCCAAGUACCAGGCGGACAUCGACCGCGAGUUCUGCAACGAGAAGCUGCAGCUCAAGACCUUCCCCACCAUUGUGUACCUGCCGCCCAACAGCACGCAGGUCAUCAAGUACCCCAGCGAGCGGCGCGACGUGGACACGCUGGCCAUGUGGGUCAAGACGGUGGCCGGCCUGUAAGGGCUGACGCACUUGGUGACAUGGGAGGACACGCACAGGGCAUGCAAUAAAUAUCCGCAGCUUAUGGCUGCGACAACGAAGCCCUGUCUGUAUUACUACAGCUAAGCAGUGGUGUGGGUUGUACUCCAGACUGCCGUAUUCGGGACACCGGACGCGCUUGCAGGACUCUUGCCUAGCGCAUGUGAAUAUGAGUAUAUGUAGUGCAGGGGGGCUGUGUGAAGGCAGUACUCGUGAUGCUCCCUGGCAAUGGAUGCAGGAAGAGGGGGUUGAGGCUGCCCGGCUGGAGAAGGUAGCCUUGCGUUUUGGGGGGUUGCUCUGCCACUCUCCGUACUGGACGGUUGUGGAGUCGCACCGCGGUAGCGGUGGCUUUACCUUAAGGGCGGUGUUGGUUUAUGCGACAGGACAACUGCAACGAUUUUGUGAUGUUUUAUCCUGAAAUUCUCUCGGAAGCUGGUGACCUCGUCGUCUGCCUCGUUUUGCGGUUUAUGCGCUGAAGACGUGCAUAUGCACAAGCGCAUUUGUAACGUUGUAAAACAUAAUGUAUGAG